AUGGGAACAAGUAGGUGCAACAGGUACAGCAUUGUGUCAGACAUUUUACCGGAGGAGGAACGCCAGAAGAUCUCGAGCUUGGGUCUCCACAACGGCCACAGUAACCCCAACUUCCGACGGCACUCGGCCUGCGCCAUAGAGACAGAAGACAGCCGGAGGAGGUCGGGAGCCUCUGCCGCCGCGCCCACCGCCAGGGGACAAGGAGUGAUGAACGACUACAACGGCAAGAUUCUGACAAGAGGCUCCAGCCAAGUACGGAGCCGCUUCGUGAAGAAAAAUGGACAGUGCAAUGUUAUAUUCACCAACAUGGAGGAGAAGAGGCAGCGCUACCUAGCCGACAUCUUCACCACCUGCGUGGACAUCCGCUGGAGAUACCUGCUGCUCAUAUUCUGCACCAGCUUCAUGGUGUCCUGGCUUUUCUUUGGCAUUAUCUUCUACACCGCCUCCCUGGCACACGGGGACUUUGAGGAGCAACCUGCGGCGAAGGGCGACGGGCUGGCGGUGGGCGGACUGCACGGGCCCACAUCUGGACACACAGCUGGAGGGCAGCCGCAGAGGAUGCCCUGCAUACUUCACGUCCAGGGGUUUGUCGGGGCGCUCCUCUUCUCCAUGGAGACCCAGACCACCAUCGGUUACGGCUGGCGCUGCGUUACCGAGGAGUGCCCCGUGGCCGUGAUAACGGUGGUGGUCCAGUCCAUCGUCGGCUGCAUCAUUGACUCUUUCAUGAUCGGCACCAUCAUGGCCAAGAUGGCGCGGCCGAAGAAGAGGAACCAGACCCUGGUGUUCUCCAAAAACGCGGUCAUCGCCAUGCGCGACGGCAAGCUGUGCCUCAUGUGGAGGGUGGGCAACCUGCGGAGGAGCCACAUCGUGGAGGCGCACGUCCGGGCCCAGCUCAUACGCUCCUACGUCACGGCCGAGGGCGAGUUCAUCCCCUUGGAGCAGAUGGACCUGAACGUGGGCUACGACGAGGGCACGGACAGGCUGUUCCUCGUGUCCCCGCUGGUGAUAGUCCACGAGAUAGACAGAGACAGCCCCUUGUACACGCUGAGCCGGGCCGAUCUGGAGACGGACGACUUCGAGAUCGUCGUGAUCCUGGAGGGGAUGGUGGAGGCCACGGCCAUGACCACGCAGUUCCGCAGCUCCUACCUCGCCAGAGAGAUCUUCUGGGGUCACAGGUUUGAGCCCGUGAUCUACGAGGACCGGGACCGCUACAAGGUGGACUACGGCCGCUUCCACAAGACCUACGAGGUGGCGUCGACGCCUCACCUCAGCGCCAAAGAGCUGGAGGAGGCCGGGAGUCGGGCCUCUUCUUCUGCUGCAGCCGCCGCCGCCGCCGCUUCUCCCGCCUCUGCGUGCAGAACCACGCAGGACCUGAUCCCCAGGUCGCUGAGCGCCUUCUGCUACGAGAACGAGGUGGCGCUGAGCUGCGGGGAGGAGGAGGACGACAUCUUCGACUCCUCUCAGGUCGCAGGGAAGGAGAAGACGGAGGAGAGGAGGACUUCGGUUUCUGUAGACUUCCAAAACAUGUUCCAGGACAGUCCCGUCGUGAUGUCGGGCAGCCACAGCGUCAUGUGCGUCCUGGACAUGGACAAUAACCAGAUGGAGUUCGACAUCCUACAGACUGCCAUCCCUCUUGACCCCGUGACCUAUAAGAGCGAGCAGGAGACCUGA